AUGGUAUUGCUGGUUGCACUCGCAUUGUUUCUGGGUCUCUUCCUAGCUGUUCUUGUUUUCAACCCGCGACACCGUGCAUCUGGGCAUAAGGGAAAAGCUCAAGCCAGUUUAAACAAUGAUAAGGCAUCAAAAUCCUACAGUAAAACGGAAGUUUCAUUGCAUAACAAGAGAACAGAUUGUUGGAUAAUCAUCAAGAACAAGGUAUAUGAUGUUACCUCUUAUGUGGAAGAACAUCCAGGUGGUGAUGCCAUUCUAGCACAUGCUGGAGAUGAUUCAACCGAAGGGUUUUUUGGACCACAGCAUGCAACUCGAGUCUUUGACAUGAUUGAAGACUUCUACAUUGGCGAUUUAGAGCAAUAG